GUAAACACUUCUGAUCAUGUGCAGCGAUGCUGAGCUGAGAGAAACCGCGCCUUUGUUCAACUUACCGUUAAACGAUUGACGUGACAGCUACUCGCUCCUCUUCAAACCUCUCAGUGUCUGACUGAUGAGAUGCACCCAAGACGUAUUCCAGCUGGAAAACCGUGUCUUCGCUUACUCAUCCUCGUAGACUGAGGAUGAGUUCAUGGUUCCUGACAACAGCAAACAGACACCUGACACAGGAACAGGGAGAAGAUGAUGUGCAUCAUCCUGCUGCUCAUCAACCUGACCUCCUGUGUCUGUGGAACAUUUGUGGGGAACUCCUAUCAGGCAGAGGAGAACCACAACAUCACACUGGAGUGGAUGUUCACAAUCUUAAUCAUCACGCCCCUUAACUCUUUAACUAUCUAUUGUGAGAUGGUAAAUAAUCUCAGAGCCUCAGUCCUGUUUCAUCUACAUGGAGGUGUUGAGGUCCCAGAGUCUCAGGAUGAACAGUUUACAGGACGAGUCCAGUGUGACAAAGACGUCCUCAGAGAGGGACGACUCAGACUUCAUGUGUCCAGACUCAGGACUGACGACUCAGGACUGUACAUGUGUGAAGUGUUCACACAUAAUGAUGUCAACUUCAGUGAACACUACCUCAGUGUCACUGCAGCGAGGGAGCGGCCCAAACCUGAGACACCAAACACAACAAGUGGACAGCAACCAAAGAGUCGAGGAAGGAUCGGCCUCUACUUUGCACUGGGACUGACUCUAGCAGCUGCAGCUCUGCUGGGUCUACGUGUCUGUUUAUUCAGACACUUUCUCUUUAGAGAAGAAGAUUUCUACCCCAGUAGUGAAUUUGAGAGUAUUAACAGCUCAGCACAUGGAUCAGUGGAAACACUUUUUAACACAAAUAUUGCAUUUAAACAAAACUGUUAGAACCAAAUCAAAUUCCUCGUCUAAUAUACAUUUUUAUACAUUUACCUUUUGCACUUUAAUCUCUGAGAUCAACUUCUUCUUAUAUAUAUAUUUAUUAAUCAUGUUCUUGCAGAAUGUAAUGAAGCUUUCAUGUUAACUAAAGACUCUUCUGAUCUGCCUGUUCUGAUGUGCUAGGACCACUGACAUGAUCAGAUCAUGCAAAAAGUGGCAGAGCGGGCUCAGAAGUAUGACAUCAAGUGAUGGAUAUGUCCAAAUUAAGCAAGAGUUUAAACUGGAGUGUUAUCUGUUGCAUGAAAACCAAAAGUACAGAAAGGCUGUUUGUAAUGUUUUGAGUGAACAACCCCAGAAUCCCUGAAGUCAGUGCACCUGCAUCCACUGUGAUGAUAAUCAUGUGGGAGACGAGUAUUAUGUUUUGUUAGAGUGUCAGAAUGUCAGCUUAAUGACUUACAGAGAAAGGUAUUUGCCGAAGUGUUAUUUAAACGUACAUCACAAUCAGCUAAGCCAAGUUAUCAGUAAUCUAGGUGCUUUUCUCAAGAAUGUCCUUCCUUUGUUUAAGUAGCGUUGGUUGUACUUCACCCACGCUGUGUGCCAUUGUUCUGUUUUAUCAGGGACCUCGGCCGAAGGCAGAGGACCCUAUUGUUUCUGGUAUGUUUAUUCUUUCUCCCGCCGCCUCUUUGAGGCAGAAUUUGACCUCCUAAACAUACUCAAAUCCUCACCAAAAUUGGCACGCAUGUCAGGACUGGCAAAAAAUUUGAUGAAAUGUAAAAAUGAACCCCUAAAGUGCCAAAAUGGGCUCUGUAGCGCCACCUAGGCACACUAAAACGGCCACUGCGGCCGGUAGGAAUGUCGCAGAAAGAUCAAACCAGAACUGGCUUGUUUGUCUCAUCAAGACCUACAAAUCACACGCUGACACCCCUGUCCGAAAUCCUGCUGUUAGUUUAUCUGAGAGAUUUGCUCUAAAUGUUUCCAUCAGUGCCACGUGACCUGUGAUCUGAUUAUUUUGUCAAACACUGAAAUGUUUCUUGUGUCUUUUGAUACAUCAGUUUAACAAAUAAAGAUGUUCAACUGGAUGAAGUCACGACUGCUUUCAGGUUUUUUUCUAACUAAAUGAAAUUAAUUUGAAUUAAAUUUUUAAAUAAUUUCCUUCUGUAGCACACCAAACAUAAUCAAGUAAGCCGUCUACAAGAGGGAAUAUUAACAAAAGUCAAAAUCUUAAAUUAAGAGUACCUGAUAUGGUCUGAAAAGGUAUUCCCCUGAUUGGAUAGCCUUUUAAACUAGCCCGCCCACAGCCCACAGCCCACGGCCCACAGCCCACGGCCCACCUAGUGUAAUUUAUACUAGACCUGUGGAAACAUUUGGCUGGGGUCUCUCGAAAUGAUUUCCACAAACGUCUGGCACAGUGCACGAGCAAGCACACACAUGGCAGCCUUAAUAUAUAAUGGACAGUAGGCUUAUGCUAGGUGUCUUUCCCUCUGCCAAUGAAAUGGCAUCUCCGAACGUUAUCUAAAGUGAACUUAAACUAGCCAAAGUUUAAUUUGGGGUCGCAAUUUGCCAGACUCCUUCCACCUCAUUCUCAUCUCCCCUUGCUGCUUCCCUGUCCCUGCCUCCUCUGUUCUGCUUUACUUGUCAACAUGUGUGGGCUACUGUCCGCUGAUACAUUUGCACCACGGGCCGCAGCAGCUUACCUGACCUAGGCUUCAUGUGCGUUCCAUUCACUGAAUAUGCACAGACGCACCCAAUACCUGCAAGUGCAACCUCUCCACUCUUUGAUAUGUAGCACCGGCCCUACUGCGUGGUUGAAGUAGGAAGAAGUUGUGUCCAUGCUAUUCUUCCUUGACACAUCAGUCAUAGCGUAGCCCUACGGACAUUCAGUCAUGAAAAAAAUAGGCUUAUAUAUGAAAUUUGGCUGGGAAUAUUUACAGGGGCACAGCGCAUUUUUACUGAAGCACGUGCCCCGGUGAAAAGUGUCUGGCGACGCGCCUGGUCCAAGGCAAGCCUGAGCCAGCCCUAACUAUAAGCUUUAUCAAAGAGGAAAGUCUUAAGUCUAGUCUUAAAUGUGGAGACGGUGUCUGCCUCCCGGACCGUAACAGGAAGAUGAUUCCACAGGAGAGGAGCCUGAUAGCUGAAGGCUCUGGCUCCUGAUCUACUUUUGGAGACUUUAGGGACCACGAGUAGGGGAGACUGGGGAUGGUUGUAACAACGGGAUAGUUGUAACACUCUCAGUUUGGCCAAUUAGAAACGAGCUGUGGUGACAUCAUCAAGAUAGUCCAUGCCCUUUUACAAUUGGAGCUCAAUGGUGAAGCCGCAUGUCUCUGAGUCCAUAAUUGUCUGUUCUAGAGCCAGAAAACAGUUUUUCAGGUGAGAAACCAAACAUUUUCAUCGCAGUUGUUUUUUGCAUAGUGUCCAUUGUGUUGUAUGUACAAUUGUUUCACUUACAUAGGUUCAAGUAGUAGUUUCUCUAGUUUAAU